AUGUCUGAUGAUGCUGCGGACUCAAAAACCGCUAAAAGCAUCACCAAGUCCAAAUCAAAUGGAGAUGAUGGUUCUAAAGCUGCUGCCAGCCUUGACACUGUGGGAUCAUUGGGUGUACAUGAACAAGUGGAACUUCUCGCACAGGCAUUACUACGUGAGUUUAUGCAUCGGCGCGGUUACACAAAAACACUUCGGGCGUUUGAUGCCGAGUGUCCACGUGAUGAGCGAACGAUUUCUUCCCGGCAGUUAAUGCGACAACUGCUGGAAAUACCAUCAAAUGCGUUUCCCUCGCGGUUGAGUGGCGGGGAGGAGGCCGAUGAUGGAAAAGGCAAAAAGAAGAAAAAGGCUCAGCCAACCUUCAUGGAGGAGUUAUGUUCCUACCGUGUGCAGAAGCGUGAAGUGGAACAGCGGCGUAUGAUGGAAAAGGAGGGAGGAGAGGGCCCAAGCAUUGCAACAAAUAAAGAGGGGAAUGUUGGUAAUAUAAUAGAUCCUAGUGAUGCAGAAAUGGAGGGGUUGCGCUCCGCUGCAUUGGAUGUAGAGCGCCGCAUUGAAGAGGCGCGGGAGCGACAUGAAAAGUUACUGGAGGAGCGUCGGGAACGCAAACGUGAGAAGAAGCGAGCCGAGAAGAAGAGCAAAAAUAAAGAUAAGGGUAGAUCGAAGGAUGGGAAUGGGGAUAAGGAUAGUGGUCGUGGCGGUGGGAAAGGUAAAUUGCAUGAGGAUGAAGUGAUAGAUUUUGAUCCUUUUGGCUCAGAUGACAACGGUGUUGGGGAUGGUGAUGAUGGUUUCUUUACCAGGCGUACCAAUACCAAGAAGAAAUUACCGUGGCCACACGAUGAUGAUGACGAGGGGAGUGAUAGUGAUUUAUAUGGGUUGGCUGGUGGAAAGAACGGCUCGUCAUAUGCUGGUAAAGGUAGCAGUAGGGUUAAUAACCUUCUCGAGGAACCCGAAUUUCUGCUCAACUCAAUAGAGAAGCGCAAGACAAAUAGGGCGGGUACAACGCAGGUAGGAUCUGGUUGGACACCUGGCGGUGGUGGUCUGGGGGAUGUUGGACUCAAUACGAUGCCCAUGCGGCAGUCAGUUGAAGCUGAUAUUGGGCGCCCGCCUUCAUUUCUUGCUGGUGAUGGCAUGUCUCUCAUGACGGAGCGUAUGCAAGUGGAUAAAAAACCGCGUGAUACUUGGCGUCCCCCCGCUCCGCUGCCAAGCAAUUCCAUGGGUGGAGGUGGUAGCGGAGGGUUACGUGGGAGUGCCGGCUUCAGGGGUGAGUUGUCGGGGUCUCCCACAAACCCCAGCCCACUGGGUUCCGUAGCGUUUGGUCAGCGGGGACUAAACGGUGGUGGGACGCGGUUCCAUCACGGCUCUGCGCCUUCGGUGGAUUGUCUCGGGCCUCCAUUAGUCGCUGGGGGUUUGAAGGGAGAAAAAAAGGGGGCGAGUCCACCUGGAAGUGGUGGAAUAUUAAUGAGUUCAUCCGAGAGCAUCGGCAAGGGUUAUGAUGGAAGUCUUAGGCCCACGGCAAGUGCUCUCCGUCAGAGUGGCGCAUCAAAGAAUAAAGACGGUGGUGAAGGCAAUGGUAACGGAACCACAGGGCGGAAGGCGCGGCGUGUUACCAUUUUAGUGGAUUGA